AUGUCGAUUCCAAAGUAUACUGAUCAUAAAGAGUUAACAGACGCAGAAUUUACCAAUUUAAAAGAAAAUGUUAUCAAAGCCAAAUCCGCCGCUUAUUGUCCUUAUUCGAAAUUCAGAGUGGGAUGUACCCUUUUAACGGAAUCGGGCGAGUUUAUAUCUGGUGCCAAUGUCGAAAACGCAUCAUAUGGGGCGGGUGUCUGUGCUGAACGAACAGCAAUCGUUAAAGCAGUGACCGAUGGUCAUAAGAAAUAUAAAGCAAUUGCAGUUGCAGGAAACACCAAGGACCCUAUAACUCCUUGUGGAAUUUGUCGUCAAUUCAUUAGAGAGUUUGCCCCAGAAAUCCCAGUGUACAUGUUCAAUGAAGAAAACAGGUUUAUUAAGGUGUACCUUCAGGAUUUACUACCAUUGAGUUUCGGUCCAGAAGAUCUCGGCGUAUCGAAUUAA